GUCGAGGGGAAGAAUGGAGAGGAAGAGCCGUGUCUGUCAGCAACGGCAGGGUGCAACGGGCGAGGAUGGAAAGUGACGCUUGGUGGUUGGCGUUUAGAAGGUCAGGGGCGAUGCAGAGAAAGCGGGUUCACCGCUGUGGUGGGGACAGCGGGAGCUGGAGCGGGUGAGGAGGGAGUGAAGAGAAUUGCGGCCUAUCCUUCUAGAAGCUGACGCGUGGGGAAGGAGAGGGAUGAGGUGCAAGAUGAAGGAGAGAAGCAGGAGCCGGCCAAGGCCUGUGAGCAGAGCUGGGCAGGGACGCAAAUGCGUGGUUACCACUUGUCACCAGGCCUUUGCAAGUGGGUCCUCAGGCAGACCCUCACCCCAUCUAAGGUGCUACCCACUGGCAUGCCCUGUCGUUUCCCCUGACUUCAUUUUUCAUCGCGCUCAGCUCACCCAGCCGUUUUAUGACGAAUCCAUUUGCUUAUCAAUUACCAAAGUUACGUGGACACAGGGACCCGGUUUUGUUCAUGCUCUAUUUCCAGGGCCAAGAAUGGGCCCCCCGAUAGAGCAGUCAUAAUAAAUGGUGAAUAAAUGAGUAAAUGGACAGAUACUCGCUCAGCCUCACGAUGCCAGUGCUACUGUGACACCCAGAGGCCCCGGUGCGAUGCCCGUGACUGCCCGCAUCCCAGCGAUUUGGGAGACUUAGAGCCACUGUCAUUUUUAUUGGUUUUGAUGGUGAUUUGCUGUCAUUAGGGAUUCAGGUCUCAUCUUCGCGUCUGAGAUCCUCUGAGUAGCACGGUGGUGGGGAAGGGAAGAGGCACAGGCCGGGCAGGCAGCCUGAGUCUGACCGUAAAUCCGGGAGGAGGGGGUGGGGGCGAGCGCCUGGCUGAGGCUGAGCAGCAGGAAGCCCGAGGCAGCGAGUGGCCCGCGCUUUGCUUCACUCUGAGCGACCAUGCGGGCUGCCACGCGGCUCUGGGUCGUGCUGCUCCUGGUGACGGCGUCCGACUGCGCGGUGAUCACCGGGGCCUGUGAGUGGGACGCCCAGUGUGGGCCGGGCACCUGCUGCGCCGUCAGCCUGUGGCUCCAAGGCCUGCGGAUGUGCACCCCGCUGGGGCAGGAGGGAGAGGCAUGCCACCCCAGCAGCCACAAGGUCCCCUUCUUCGGGAGACGCCAGCACCACGCCUGUCCCUGUCAGCCCGCCCUGCUGUGCUCCGGGCGCGGCCCCGGCAGGCACCGCUGCUCCGGGGACUUGAAGGACUUGCACUUCUAGGGGCUCGGCUGGUCUCCGGACACCACCCGGCUCCGGUCUCUUAUGAACUUUUAUUUUCUUUCUGCCACGUGACCCCCCAGCCCCCCACCGCUGCCUGUUAACACGCCCCACACCGCCUGCCUGCCUCCUCCGUCAGCACACACGGGCGCAGGCCGACACACGACCGGGCCAUGGCCACGGGGCGGCCUGAGGGUGUCCCGCUGGGCCGUGGUCCCAGAGGCAGCCUGGCCGGUUCUCCGUCAGUCACGGGGCUGUCAGUCUCAGGAAGGCUGUCCUUUCCUUGUCCCGGCCUCGCCCUCUGCUCCCAGUGACGUGGCCUCCAGGGCCCUGCUCUCUCCUCCCUGCUUGCGCCUUCUGCCUGGUCCGGAUGUCCGAGCACAGACCUGGGGAGUCACCGAUCGGGGCCUGACUCUUGUCUAAAACAGCAGCCCCACUCAGCACCCACAUCUGGACCCGGCCCGGGCUCCCUGGGGUCAGGGCGGUGGUACCAGCGGCUGGGCACCCUGGUGGGCCGGUUGCAGAAUAAAAGCGUGGACAAGGGUGGGUGGCCGCGGUGCCUGCGAUGCCUGUGUGGGACUUGGGAGUGGGACUGGGCUGUGUCCAGGUGGGACGGAUGCCCUGCGCCUCCCGGAGCCAGGGCGGUUUCGUCGAGAAAGCGGAUUCAGGUCUUUGAAUGAGGAACGAGAGGUGGCUGCCUUCGAGCCGCAGAGGAGGCAGGGGUGCCCAUGGGCGCUCUGACACCCUGCCCGUGGCUGCCCCGCUCCAUCCCUGCCUGGGAGCUGCCAGAAUGCAGACCCGCCACUGGGCCGAACCACCCGUGUAAUCUAACUGGACCAAUUCCCGCUUUUCAUAUCAGACGUUUGAGGAAUGUAUCAUUGGUCUCUGCCCCAGUUCCCCUGGUUUUUCCUGAAGAACAAAGAGGGGGGCUGGGAGGCUAAGACAGGCUUAUUUGUGUGAAUUCUUCAUAUUCAGGAAAAUAUUCUUCAUACAUGUAGAUGUAAAAAGAUUCUACUUAUACUAGUAAGUAGAAUCCUAUAUAAUCCUAUAUAAUAAAAGGCUAAUAUGCAAAUUA